CUGUUGCCACUCUUUCAUCGGCCUGUGUCAAGUGCAGACUGUUUGUUUUGUCGUAUUAUGAGUUAUGUGGAAUUUCUAUACGAGUUAUUGGAGAUAUACCCAGAUCCUGAGUCGGAGAAGGCGAUUAUGGGAUCUGUGGUGUACUGCAUCCACCACAAACAAGGAUGCCAGUGGUCGGACGAGCUUCGCAAACUGAAGGCGCACCUCAACACCUGCAAGCACGACGCGGUGUUGUGCGCGGCACAGUGCGGCGCGAUGAUACCACGCGUCCUGAUGCAAGACCACCUGCGGUACACUUGCCCACGGCGCCGCGCCAACUGCGAACACUGUCACAAGGAGUUCUCGGGCAGCGCCCUAGAGGAGCAUCAAGGCAAUUGUGGACAUGAACCUGUGUACUGUGAGAACAAGUGUGGAGCGAAAGUGCAAAGGCGUCAUACCCAACAGCAUUUGCAGCAGCACUGCAGCAAACGAUUAGUGCCUUGCCGGCAUUGUGGACAGCGGUACACACAGGAUACAGUAGCAGCGCACGGGGCGACCUGCGCCCGCGCCCCCGUGCCGUGCCCGCAGCGCUGCGCGGCCGCGCCCGUGCCCCGGGACGAGCUGGAUGCGCACCUGCGCGACCACUGCGCGGCCGCGGGCGUCGCGUGCGCCUACAGAGAUGCCGGGUGUCGAUUCAAGGGCACGCGGGCGGCGCUGGAGCGGCACACGGAGGAGAGCUGCCAGCAGCACCUGGCGCUGGUGGCGGCGCUGGCGGCGCGGCAGGCGCGCCAGCUGGAGGCGCUGCGCGCGGCCGUGGCGCGCCUGGCGCUGCCCGCCACGGGCGCGCUCGUGUGGCGCCUGCCCGACUGGGCCGCCAAGAUGGCCGACGCCGGCGCCAAGGAGGGCGCUUCUCUUUUCCUCAACGGCAACGGCGCAGGUGAGGGCACACACAUGUCAGUAUAUAUCAAGAUCUUGCCUGGGGAAUACGACGCGUUACUCCGCUGGCCGUUUGCUCACACAGUCUCCUUCACUCUAUUCGAUCAGAGUUCGAGUCCUGACCGCGCCUGUAACAUCGUGGAAAGUUUCGUACCAGAUCCCACGUGGAAGAACUUCCAGAGGCCGUCCAAAGAGCCUGACGCGUUGGGUUUUGGUUUCCCUCGCUUCGUAUCCCACGAGAUGCUCAAAAAGAGAAAUUUUGUCAAAGAUGACGUCAUGUUCUUAAGGGUGAAAGUGGAUCCCAGUAAGAUCGUAGCAGUGUAAGUCGCCUUAAGAAAUAUUGUAAAUAGUCUGAGAAGGUUUUUACCAAUAAGGAUGACUCAAAACCCAAGAUGGGAGCAGUCAUUGUUGAUUAGUAUUAAGUAAUUUAAAAGUCAUAGACUGUAAAUGUAAAUAUUGUGUUAAGAUUAGAAUACUUAUAGUUUAUUUUUUUGUAAAUAUUAUAAUAGAAAAAAGCGCAUACGCUGCAUUGUUAUCCUUUCACUAAAGAUCUCUUGAGUUUCAAUUGCCGUCAGAAGAACAUAGCAAUCUGAGCAUGCUUUCAAAGAGAACGAUUCCGAGUCUCUCUGGUUUUUGUUUUUUUUUUCAAUACUACUGGCGACAACAUUUCCGACCGUUUUGCGUUUUUUGAUCUGUGCCAUAUUUCGUAAGGAUUUAUUGAAUGGUGUACACACAUUUUUAUAGGAUACUGCAAAAACUGUGUGUAGAAAGUUUAUAAAGUACGCUGGGUUCAGGUGCAUUUUUGUAGGCCUUGCAAAACUCCAGUUAAAGGCUUUCUGAAAAAUGCUUUGGACGACUACGUAUCACCAGGCAACUUUGAGACAUGUUUAGCUUUGUUAUAAAUCGGCAGAUCUUUGUAUAUAUCUUCUGUUUUGCUAAAUAGUUUAUCAUACCUAUUAGAGAAACCUCUUAUUUGUUGAAGUAUAUUUUGUAUAUAAUCUAUCUUUCAGAGAGCUGUUAUUUGUAUAUAUAAAUAUAAUUAUUAAUCUAUAAAACUUUACAAAUGAAAAUAAUUUCAUAUUUCUGAGUUCUCAAGCUGGAGUUAGACCAAAGUGUUUUGAUGACUUUGCAAAGAAAACAUUAUAAUUUAAUAAUACUGUGUACAUUCAUACUAUGCAAAGUUGAUCAACAUAAAUGUAUAACACAGCUAAAGCUGUAUGUAAUUUUAUAUAUUUUUAUAUUACCUAUAUACCGAUAAUAUGUUAGACAUAUAGUAAGCUAACGGCCCAUUUAGUGCUUUUGUAUUUGUAGGCAGUUUGAAAUACUAUAUGUUACUAUAAUAUGAGUGUAAAGAACUACUGCAACGAAGAAUCAUGUUUUUCUGUAAGCUACAUAAUCAUGCAUCUUUUUAGGCAGAAGUCAGAAUACCAUUAUAAAAUAUCGAGUCUAUAUUGGAUAAUAAUUACUUAAAAGGCUUUACAAAAGCUUUCACGUUUUGAAUUUAGCAGAUACGUUGUAACUGAGGGUAGCAACAAUUUGCGAAUUUAAAACUACCCUCUGAAAUUUGUAAGCAAGGCAAGUCUCGAUAGCAAUUCAAUCAAAUACCUGUUAUUCAAUUUCAGAUCUCUUAAAAGCUUUCUUAACGAUUAAUCUCAUUGAAAUGUUACAUUCCAGUAAAAAAAAAUCGUAAUUUUAAGUCUGGCUUCAAUUAACCAAAAUUAAAGUGUAACUUAACAAAAUAACACGCAUUUUAUAUUCCUAAAUUGUUUCCUUACCAUAGAGUUUUUUGGUUAGCUAUUUUGAUGGUGUGUGUGUAAUUUUUUUAUUUAAAAAUAUGACGUCAUUAUUACCGUUUGAACAUUGAAAAGGAAAUUAAUAUUUGGGCGAAAUUUUUUAAACAUUAAAACAUCUCUUUCAUUUAUUGGUUUAUUUCUCUAAUAUUUUAAUUUUUGACUAUGCUUAUUAUUUGACUUAACAAUAAAGGUUUUUGUAUGGUAAUUAGUAAUGAAUAUCCCAUAUAAAUAUUUUUGAUACUUUUAAGUAAAGAUGAGACUAACUUUUUCUAGUAUUAAGUUAAGUUUACGAGUAGACUUAAGUAGUGAUUAUGUUUUUAGAGAAAACAAAGUAAUAAUGUCGUAAUUUAGACUAUAAGUUGGAAAUAUAUAUAUUUCUUUUUCAUAAAUUAUUUCUUUUAUUUCUCAUCUUUCUAUUGAGGAAUUACUCCUUAACCUUACUCCAGACUUAAACUCCAUUUUGUCAAUUUGUAAAAUUUUAAUAAUAUCGAUGCUCAAAUGCUUUGAUAGUAUUAAAAUUUUAUUAAAACAUUCCCAGUGCUUAUUUUGUAGAGUCAAUGAAAAAUUAAAUAGUAUUUACAAAAAAUCUACUUAAUAUAUUGGAAAGAAUCACCUGUGUUCUGUGGCAAGGAAUAACUACAAAAGUUUUGCAACUUAUCAUUACAUUUUGAAAAAUAUACCAAAACUCUUUCGACCGAAAACCGAGUGAAUUUUUUUUUAAAUAUAGGCAGCGCCACCCUCAUUGACUUUGAACACAGAACAGGCAAAAAGGUUUAAAAUAAAUUAUUUAUCCAUCUAUUGGCUAUGUGCACGACUUCAGCGACACCUAGCGUCCAUAACUUGGACAGAACUACUGCGAUACUGUGGUGUGGUGUGUGGUGUGAUGUGGUGUGUGGUGUGAUGUGGUGUGUGGUGUGAUGUGGUGUGUGGUGUGUAUCGCGUAUGACGCAGAAGAGAGUGUUUGAAUCAAAUCAUCUUUUCUGAAAUCGAGCCACUAUCGUAUUGUUUAUUCCCGCCAUAGUAGUUUUGUGUGGAUAAAAUAAGUUAAAUUAUACAAAGUAAAAAAACAAUAUAUUUAAGUAAAAUCUUCCAAAGGCAAUAGGGGUGCAGACAAGCUUUUUUAUUUUAUAGCUAUAAAUGAAAUAUAUCUAAAAAAAUAUUCGAAAAGUAUACCAUUCAUAUAUUAAGUUAAAAUUUUAAAAUAAAUUAAAUUCUUAGUGAAAAAUUUUUAAAAAAUCCACUUUGUCCCUGUGAUCUGAGAUGGGAUUAGAACUCACAACCUUUCGCAAUCAGGCCGACUGAUCUAAUGUGAGCUGAUUCACUGUCAGAAAAUAUUAAAAUAUAUACGGCCGGUUUCUGAAUUGAGAAAAGUACAAAAUUUCAACUGAUUAUUCUCAAUAACUUAAGUUCUUUACGUUUUACACGGCAAAAAAAUCCUAAUUUUUGUCAAACUGCCAUCAACUGUUCAUUAAAAAAAAUUAAAUCAGAAACGAAAACCUUUUGUUUAAGUGACGUUUAAGGUGGUUUAAGUACGGUUUGAGACGUGCUUAAGUUCAAAU